CUGUUACUGUAGAAUGUGGUGUUGCGAGGCUGAGGAACCAGGCUCUCUCUCUAUAUAUAUCGGUUUCCCUCUCCAGCACACACACCUCACUUCUCCUUGUCUGCCGUCGCCUCUCUCUCCAUCCUCCUGCGAAGAGCGCACAAGUUGUUUCUGCAGAGAAGGGAGAGAGGAGAAGGAGGAGGGCAAGAGAUGGCAGGCUCUGAUGAAGCUAAGUCGUCGGCUUCUAUGGAGGAAGAGGCAUGCAUUGAGAAGAAGUAUGGAGGAAUUGCACCCAAGAAGCCUUUGAUAUCCAAGGACCACGAGCGCGCCUACUUCGAUUCCGCAGACUGGGUGCUCGGCAAGCAGGCUGCAAACAGCAGCACAAGGGAUGCCGUUGAGUUUCUGAAGCCCAAGCUGAAGUCGUUUGCUUCUCUCUCCCCCAUUUCAGAGAACGCCUCACCACCAGCUCCCACCUCGCAAGCCGACCUGCGCAUCUAGCUGAGGCGCACGGCCUUGCAGUGCUGCGGCUGACGCGGUCGGAUGCACAGGGAAAGAAAUUGGGCUCGGAUUUGAAGUUUAGCUGGUCCUAAGCCGUAGGAAAGAACCAGAAACUCGCCAUCAUGCAGUUGGCUUCUUGGCGGUUGCAACAUUGUUGUCUAUCAGAACGGGAUAAUUACCAGUAUCAUGCUUAAGUUAGAUCCAUGGAAUUUACCGCUUGGUGAUCCAAGUUCCAACUCAUGUUAUCUCCUCCAAAAAAUAAGUUCCAACUUCUUGCUA